AUGAAGCCUCAAAGAAGACACAAGCUGAGAUGUAAAGUUGAAUACCAGGGACCAGUAUCCUUCCAGAACAUAGCUGUGACCUUCAGCAGGGAGAAAUGGCAGCAGCGGGACCUUACCCAGAAGACCUUGUAUCUGGAUGUGACACUGGGCAAGUAUUGCAAUGUGAUGUCAGUGCAUGGGGACAUUGGUUUUGAGACCCCACAAGACAGAUCAUCUGGAGAGGUUUCUUUCCAGUCUGUGAGAAUUAACCUCUGCACAAUAGACACCCCAGCUUCUGCUUUAGACGAACUGCAGAAAGAUAACAGGCAGAGAGGGCGACAUGAGAAAAAACAACCCAUACCUCUAGGUCACAUUGUCGCCGCUAGCACGGCAGCAGAAACUCCUAGGAAAAGCAGCACACGGGAGGAUACUGGGAAGCAGGGUCCCAUAGACACACAGCUUGUUCCUGUAAGAAAGAGCUUCCAUUGCUCUGACUCCUGCAGAAAGAGCUGCAAGGUUCGUGGAAGCUUACAUCAUCACAACAGAAGUAGGACAGAAAAUCAUGAGAAGAGUAUCAAAUAUGGUGAUAUUUUUGUUGGCACGAAUUCCCACACAGAAGUAGACAUUUGUGCAGGCCGUCGGUGUUGGGAACCUCAGAGUGAUAUGCGUGCGGUCACUCAACAAGAGGAAAGGAAGACCAAGAGGAACCUCCACCUGUUUCCUGACUAUGGAAAAGUUGCUACUCACAAGCCACCCGUCUCUACACACCAGAGUCUUCCUGCUGAAGAAAAGCAGCAGGUGAACAGCAAAGGGAAGACAGUGUUGACUGUAAACUCGCAGUGUGUGGCGCCGGAGGGUGUUUAUACAGGAGGGGAACCCAGUCUGUGCACCAGACUUGGGAAGGACUUUUCCCAUAAGUCAGUCCAUCGAGAUACUCAGAAGGUGAGUCACCACAAGUGCCCAGUGUGUGGGAGAGCUGUCAUCCACAGGUCUGAGCUGCUGAGAUGCCAGACGAAGUAUUCUGAAGGAAAGCCCCAUAAACACAAUGAAUGUGGGCAAACAUCUGAGGGUUCAAAUCUCAGUAUAGACACUAAAAAUUGUACGACGGGGAAGCCUUUCGAAUGUACUGAGUGUGGAAAAAUCUUCACAAGGAAAUCAGUACUAAGAAUGCACCAGAAGAGCCAAACUGAAGAGAAACCCUAUGUUUGUACUGAGUGUGGGAAGGCCUUCACCCGGAAAUCCCAGUUUCUCACACACAAAGGACUCCAUACUGGAGAGAAACCCUCUGUGUGUACUGAGUGUGGAAGAUCAUUUAUUAAAAAGUCACAGUUUCACAUGCACCAGCGAAGUCAAACAGGAGAGAAUCCCUUUAUAUGUUCAGAAUGUGGAAAGGUCUUCACUCCUGAGGCAAACGUCAUUGUACUUCAGAAGAUUCAUACCGGGGAGAGAUCCUAUGUAUGUACCGUGUGUGGGCAGGCCUUUGCUGACAAGUCCUAUCUCAUUAAACACCAAAAGAUCCACACAGGAGAAAAGCCCUAUAAAUGCAGUGACUGUGGAAAACCUUUUACCUGGAAGACAGGGCUCAGGCCCCAUCAGAAGCAUCACAUGGGUGAGAAACAUUAUAAAUGCCGUGAAUGUAGAAAGACGUUGUUCAUUUGCAAGUCAACACUGCAUACACACCAGAAGAGCCACAAAGAAGAAAAGUCCUAUGUUUGCCUGGAGUGUGGGAAGGCGUUCUUCCACAAAUCACAUUUUAUUAUACACAAGAGCAUUCAUACCACAGAGAAACUGUAUAGGUGCAGCGAUUGUGGGAAAUCCUUCACUAUGAAGUCACAACUCCUUUUAUACCCACGGAUCCACAUGGGCGAGAAACCCUAUAGAUGUGUCGGGUGUGGGAAGGCCUUCACAGACAGGUCAAAUCUUUUGGCACAUUAGAAGAUUCACACUGGAAAGAAACCGUAUACAUGCUGUGACUGUGGAAAAUCCUUCCCUCGGAAGUCAGGCCUGCAUGUACAUCAGCAAUCCCAUUCUGGAGAAAGACAUUUUGAGUGCUGUUCGUGUGGGGAAGCCUUUGCAAGGAAGUCAGCUCUGAUGAAACAUCUCAGACCCCACACAGGAGAGAAACCAUAUAUAUGUACUGAGUGUGGGAAAACAUUACUAAACACCAGAAAAGUCAUGCUAAACAGAAACUCUGUAAGUGCGGUAACUUUGGGGAAACCUGAAACUGAAAGCCAGAACUGUCAAGUCAACUCAAUACACCUCAGGAAUGAGAUACUGGAGGAGAGGGCCCGACACCACAGCUAUGGUGUGGGGAUUCAAACAUGA